AUGGCGUUGGCAGUUCUUGCACUGAGGACAAGGGCAGCAGCCCUGUUGAGCCCCCAGCCAGCUCCAGUACUUGUUGUCAGAUAUGCAUCCAAGAAGACAAGCGGCAGCUCCAAGAACCUUUGUGGAAAAUCACAAGGCAAACACUAUGGCAUCAAGAAAAUGGAAGAUCACUAUGUUCAUACUGGUAACAUCCUGGGCACUCAGCAUCAGUUUCGAUGGCAACCAGGCGCCCAUGUGGGAAUUGGGAAGAACAAGUGCCUCUAUGCCCUGGAGGAGGGGAUUGGCUGCUACACAAAAGAGGUCUACAUGCCCAAUCCCCAAAACUCGGAGGCUAUGGAUCUGGUCACCAGUCUGCCCAAGGGUGCUGUGCUCUACAAGACUUUCAUCCAUGUGGUUCCUGCCAAAUCUGAGGGAACUGGUAGGCAUGCUUUGAAGUCCAUCUGA